AGGACAGUGCAGUGCAUGCUGCAAAGGGCACAGAGCCACGUGUUUCAUGAUGCUUCUGUGCAUGUUUGGGUCAUUGAGCAAGAUUUAAAAACUAUUACCUACCAGUCAAAUCCGGAGACAAAAAGUCAUCAGUCUGUCGGUAAAAGCAGGUGACGUGUGCGAGCUGUGUGUGUGUUUGGGGAGCUACCUGAGGACUGAGACGACCUGCCUUUCAACUAAUCUCACAUUCCUAAAUGUAUGUCCUAUCACUGAGAAAAAUGCGUCUCGUUGUCUCUGUGAAUUAGACGGUACUCUUCUGUGGGAGGAUGAAAAUAAAUUUAAAAAAACGGAGUUUCUCGGUUUCUUUCCCCUGAAGGCAGAGCCAGCAGAGCCUCACAUGGUGAAGCACGCACUCCUGUGUCUCGUCCUCGCUUACUCUGACAAGGCAGGGACGGACUAACCGGGCGCCAGCGAUGUCUCUACUGUCCUUAAACGACCCCCCCGGCUGGACCGUGUGCUCCGCUCUGUGUAUCCUCAUCGUGUUGCUCCCGGAGGCCAAAGCCGACGACCCGAACGCCACCGCUCAGCGCAAUGGCGGGGGGUCCCAGUGUGGGGGGUACACAAACCAGGUGAUGGAGGAUGGGAUGUGUCGGCUGGUGGCCACGCUGCCUCAGCUGGACGAGCAGAAAUGCCCCGAUAUGUUCCGCUGCGCGGACGAGGUUUCCUACUGGCUGCACCAGAACGAGGAGAGGAAGCAGCAGAUCGCGGCGCUGAAGGAGACCGUCUCCGGGCUGCAGAGGGAGCUGAGGAACCACCGGCACCGCAUCCAUGUCCUCGAGCUGCAGAGUGAAGAGAGGAACCACUUAAAUACCUCUUUGGAGCAGCGUUUGUAUGAGCUGGAGCAUCACUACGCUGAAGCCACCACCCUGCUGCACCUUCAGAGUGGCCUGAUUCUUGACCUCCAGAACCACCUCCACAAUCUGACUGUUUUGGUGGAUAAUGUGAAAAAAAGCCCGGGGUGCUUGAUCAACAUCCCCCGGCCCAAUCCGUUGAUGAGUGCCCAAGAAGCCCUGCACUCAGAGAGUGCGAGGAACUGCCCCAUUGACUGCGCGUCCAUCUACUAUAAUGGCGUGAGGAGAUCAGGCCUCUACACGGUGGUGCCGUCGCGGGCCGGCGUGCCAGUGGAGGUCUACUGUGACAUGGACACGGAUGGCGGCGGCUGGACUGUGAUCCAGCGGCGCGCCGACGGCUCCUUGAGCUUCGACCGCAGCUGGAGGGACUACAGGGACGGUUUUGGGGACCUGCACUCCGAGUUCUGGCUGGGCAACAAUCACAUCCACGUCCUGAGCACCCAGGGGGACUACAGCCUCCGCGUCGACCUGGAGGACUGGAGCAACGUGCACAAGCACGCCCUCUACCAGAGCUUCAGCGUGGGCGACGAGGAGCAUCGGUACCGUCUGCGCGUGUCCGGCUUCAGUGGGACGGCGAAGGACUCGUUCAGCUGGUACCACGACAAGCAGGGCUUCAGCACGCCGGACAGCGGCAACAUCUGCGCCGAGAUCUCGCACGGCGGCUGGUGGUACAACCAGUGCUUCUACGCCAACCUCAACGGCGUCUACUACAGGGGAGGCCAUUACACCCCCAAAGGCCGGGGGCCGCUGGGUCCCGAUGGGAUCGUCUGGUACUCGUGGAGGGACUCGGACUACUACUCCCUGCGCAAGGUCAGCAUGAUGAUCCGACCGCGCUCCUUCCGAAGCCGCCUGUCGCCGUGACCCGCCGUGACGUCACGGAGGAGGAGGAGCUGAUCGUCCCCUUGUGUCCACAACGGCGACGACCUCGUUCCUGGUAUUUUGGACCCUCUGUGCACGUGCAGAUAUGACUGGUAUGCUCGAUGUUCUGAGGAAUGGAGAACACAUUCUGAAGCAUUUUCAUGCUGUGGAGUUCUUUAGGAGUUUUAACAUUUUUCAUUCCACCACGGACGAAAUUCUUAUUUUUUUUUUACUUCUGUUUUGUACUUUUAGUUUAAUACAUUAACACACUAUUAGCAACCCAACAUUUGCUUUGAAGUGUUGACGUAGUGGUUAAGGGCCUCCCAGAAGGCAUUUGCAACUGGCAGGAAGACCACAUGAAACUAUUUAAUGAUUCAUCUGCUUAUUACAUAUUUAUGAUUUCACUUCUACCCAAUUUCAUUCGUUUUGGAUUCGCAGCCAACUAUGAGUUUAAUCAAUUGUUAAAAUCUUUGUGGAAAAUAAAGAUUCAUUCAGAACACUAUUAUGUUAGAUAAUAUCCCUUUGAUGAGAGUACAGGGCAGGGAGCAAGAUGUGCUCUGAGGACUGUAUAUACAUUCUGUAUGGAUUGUAGAAUAAACAUUAUAUACAUAUCAAAUGGGACACAAAUGACACAAUUCCAUAUUUUAAGGGUUAAGUUUUUAUGAGCACUGUGUGCUGAUGAAUGAGCGAUAACUCAUAUCCUAGGAGGUUUGUACUCAAUUUACUUUAUUUUUAAGUAUGAAACUGUUUUACAGACUUGAGUUUGAGAGUCUUUCCUCUGCAAAAUUAUUGUUUCAAACUAAAACGAGCGCUGCGAGGCUUGAAGACAUUCUAACACGUACACUCAAACGCCGGGCGUACUUCACGCCACUUACACAUCCAGCAGCACCUGACGGCAGCCGCGAGCCGAAUAUACAGGGUGUAAAAGGGCUCUUUCACUUCCCCCACUACAAAAAAACUCUUUGACCAUUCGCACGGGGGGCGACUCGUUCUCAUUCCCAUGCAUCGCUACGCGAGAAUCUGCGAGGGGCGAAUAAGGGCUUUACUGUUAGUGAGUCAGAGAUGUGUAGUGUGUGGCAAUCUGAGCGAUGUGCAGAACAAGACAAGAUUCUUUGGAAACCACACACACACACACACACACACACACACACACACACA